AUGGACAGUAAACCUAUAAUUACCUAUGCAGGAGACAUAAAUUUGUUUCAAGGUUUAGAAGCAGCUCUUGUUGAGGCAUUACCAAAAGAAGCAGCAGAAUGGCAACGUCCAUAUGGACGAAUAAGUAAGACUGUUCAUGUUGAAGCUAAAUUUAUACCUUUUUCAUCAGAUCCAGUGCCAAUAUCAGAUGACUUUAAGCUAAUGAACAAACCAAUGCUGCAUACUUAUUGGACUGAAUGCAAUGAUCUUGACACAUACAAAUCGAAUGUUAAGGAAGAAAUCGAACAAUGGCAAAAAUCUCUUAAUGGAGGCGAUUGGAUGAUUAUAUUAGUUGAAGUGUAUGAUAUUAGAAAAAGUAAUAAAUUAUUACCGCGUACUACUGUACUUGAUAAAAUUCGUCAAGAAUUUGCCAUAAAACAAGGAGAUAGAGUUAUAUCACUUAUUCAUCCCAUCAAAUCUGAAUCAAAAUCAGCUGAAUCGUGGAGAGGUCUAGUCAAUCGCAUUCGUGUUCUUCUUUUGCUUUCAUUUAGUAAAACACUUUCAAAAUUUGAGGAAUCGGUCAGGAAAAACAGAGAAUGCAGGCCUCAACCCUCCUGGAGUUUUUGUAAUUAUUUUUUAAUGCAAGAAGAAUUGGCAUUGAUUUUGGAAAUGUUGGGACUGUAUGAAGAAGCUUUAGUUCAAUAUGACGAACUUGAUGCCUUAUUUACUCAGUUUAUUUUAAACUCUACAAAAGGUGAAAAUCCAAAGUGGUUAAAUAGUUUUACAGUGCCAUUACAACAAUGGGCUGGACCUAUUUUAAACCAAAAAGUAACACAAAGCCAAAGAGACUUAAUUAAAUGUUCAAAAUUAGAUCUUCUUCAAUUUCGUAAUUAUUUAUUUGGAAGGCAGUGCUCAUUAUUACUCUUAGAAAAAAAGCCUUGGGAAAUGGCACAAAGAGCUCUUUCUUUCCUUCACAAUUGUGUCAAUGAACUGCAUAUUCUCGAAGUAUCUGCUCCUGAAGGCACAAUUGCAUGUUGGAUAUUUUUGGUUUGUUUAGAAGUUCUUUAUGCUUGUGAAAAUUACAAUGGCACUGCUCAAGUAGAAGCUUACUCAUUAUAUGCAGCUGGACUGUGGUCUUAUGCUAGAGAUAAACUUAAAGAACUGGGUCAAUUAUGCGGUUUAACUCCCAACACACAACCUACAAGUGAACAAUUACACAUUGUGGUUAAUUUAUCCAGUGGUAUGGGAGAUUCUAGCACAUUUGAAUCAGGACCCACACCAGUGGAUAAAUUAAAAGAAGCACUCUCAUCAAAAGAUGCAUACAAUAAUUUUUUUUUAGAGUUGUCUGAACUUUCGUUUAUUACUUUUAAGCACAUUGGUAGAAUGAGAUCAGCCAGAUUAUUGGGUGCAGACUUGGCAAAAUUUUAUUUGGCUUUAGGUGAACCAGAUAAGUCUGUUACAUUUUUGACAGCAGCUUUAGGUGGUUACCUAGACGAUCAUUGGCCAACUUUAGCUGCUGAUACUCAACUUAAAAUUGUUGAAUGUUGCGAAUCAUUCCCUAUUGAUGUAAAAUAUGUAACAAGUUGUGCUGCUAUAGCUAGUUCUAAUUUAGACCUUGAUGUUAGGCUGAAAUAUUUUCACAAGUUUACAGAUUCCCUACAAAAAAUAUCUCCAGAUAAAUGCCUGAUAUCAAAUUUGGAAGACAUUGGAGAUGUAAUAUCGAUUACAGUUGAUGAAGUAAACAAAUUAAAAGAAGAAGAAAGCGAAAUCGAUGCAAUUUUAACAUUUAAUAGUAGAUUGCCGGAACCUAUUGAUUGCAAAUCGGUUUCUAUAUCUUUAGGAAAAGAGGAUGCGAGUAAAAAUGAAAGAAUACCCGGACGAAGAAAGGGUAAUAACGAUGCAGCGAGUUUUUUCGAAAAAUUGCCUCUUAUAGAAUUGUUAAAUUACAAGCAAGAUAGGAGUUUAAACGCCGCUAAUAUUGUUUGCGAUGCCCCUCAAAAAGUUUUAAGGAGGGUUGAUAGUCACGGAAGGGGUAGGAAAAUAUCAGUCCCCAUGCGUCAAGAUUUUUCACUUUGUUUUUCCGCAAAUAAUUAUACCUUGAAUCCUGGAGUAAAUAAAAUAACGGUAAAAUGGAAGACUAAGGAAGUGGGUAAAAACCGUUUAGGACAAAUUUCAAUGUUGUUUGAUGGUUUAGAAUUAUUAACUUCGGUUCCAGCACCCGCACCUCAUUUUUUUGUUUCAAAAGAAAAAAGUACAAUAGAAGUAAAACAAAAAGAUAAGGAAUUAUUAGCAGGUCUCCUUCAGGUUAUUAAUUUAGUCAUUCAUUCCGGAAGCUAUGCCAUUAAGGAGGGAACGACGUUGCUAAUUAAUUGUUCAGAAGGUUUAGAAGUAACUCAUAAUUUGGAUAACGAUUCGACAUUGUCGUCCGUUGCGGAAAUUCCGUUACCGUCUGUUAAACCUUUCGAUUCCGUUACAUUAACCCUUCACGUAUUAGCCAAACUACCACCUCAAAGAGAAAAAGAUCCGGCGGAUGUAAAUCAUAAGAUGGUUCUUCUAUGUCGAUGGUGCGAUGAAGAAAUAACAUCCGAUUUCAAAUUUCGCGCCCCCCUCAAAAGCGUCAUGAGACUACACACAGCAUUAAAUAGAAAAUUUUUACAAGUAACGGUUACGGGAUUAAGCUCGUGUAGAUUAGUUAUAACUUCUGCUCAAUUAACGGCUACAAAUACCGAUUUACCCAUCAUAAAUUCUUUAAAUACUUCCAAAGGACAAUCUCAAAUUAUUGAAAAUGGUUUAAAUCUUUCAUUAUUGUGGGAAUUGGAAAUAUCAAAAUUUCAAAAUCUUCAAGAUGUUAUAAAACUUGAUUUUUCCAUGAAUUAUUCACCGCACAUUGAAAAUAGCGAUAAACCGCAAGAAGUACGAAAUUAUAAGUGCCAUUUUGAUUUACAAAAUUACAAGACUUUAUUUGUAGUAACUUGCAAUUUAGAACCUGGAAAAGAAGCUGAUUUUUGUCGCGUCGGGACAAUGUGCCAGUUGAAUUUGGAAGUAUUACCGUACGAAACAAAUAAUUUCCAUGACAUAUCUUUAAUGUAUGAAGUUAUUGCGGAUUCAACGAUGUGGGCCGUGUGUGGAAGAGCCGCGGGUGUGAUUACUUUGGAUAAAGGCUCAAAGCAAAACAUCACCCUUGAGGUGAUGCCAUUAUCUCAAGGUUUCCUUCCCUUGCCAGUAGUUAGACUUUCAAAAUAUAUUCCUGCAGUCGACAAAGAUUCCACAAGACAAGAGAUAAAUCGUCCUAGAUUAGAAUCUUUCAGUCCCGGACAAGUUUACAGUGCCAGCAAAUCUCGACAAGUUCACGUAUUACCAGCUCCUACAUUAGAUGCCUGA